CCACUGAAAAAACUAAAUAAAAGGAAAAUUCAAUUCAAAUUCACUCCAAAUAAAUCCCUAAACGAAACCCCAUAAUAUCCAUUUCCCACCUCUAUUUGCUUCUUCCUCUUCUUCGAAACCACAAGAAAAUUAAGACGAAAGAGAAAGAAAUCUUGAUAAACCUUGUGUAAUGACGGAAUAUCAGUUACCGCCGACGGUGAAUCUUUGGUCGGACGACAACGCAUCAGUUAUGGACGCUUUCAUGAGCUCCGACAUCUCUUCUUUGUGGCCGCCGCCGCCGCCGCAAUCAUCUGCAUCCACUUUCACACCUGUCGCUGCUGUUGGAACCGACCCUUUCAAGUCCUCCCUCGCCGCCCAAUCCCAUCCCUCCGUUUCUCCCCUCAAUCAAGACUCUCUUCAACAGCGUCUCCAAGCCCUCCUCGAAGGCGCUCGCAAUUGCUGGACUUACGCCAUUUUUUGGCAGUCCUCGUAUGUUUCCUCCGGCACCGCCGCGCUCGGCUGGGGAGAUGGGUAUUACAAAGGGGAAGAAGAUAAAGGAAAAGCAAAGCUGCAAGCUUCUUCAUCUACAGUCGCGGAGCAAGAACACCGUAAAAGAGUCCUUAGAGAACUCAACUCUUUGAUUUCAGGGUCCACCGAUGGUGCCGUCGACGAAGAAGUCACGGAUACCGAGUGGUUCUUUUUAGUUUCCAUGACGCAGUCUUUCGUCAACGGCAACGGCCUUCCGGGGCAGGCCUUUUUAAAUUCAAGUCCGGUUUGGGUCGUCGGGUCGGACAGAUUAGCCGGUUCGAUGUGUGAGAGAGCGCAGCAAGGGCAGGUUUUCGGUUUGCAAACGAUGGUUUGUAUACCGUUUGCAAAUGGGGUUGUUGAAUUGGGGUCAACGGAGCUUAUAACCCAAAGUUCAGAUCUGAUGAAUAAGGUUCGAGCUUUGUUUAACUUCAAUAAUGGAAUUGAAACUGGUUCCUGGUCUAUUGCUAAUAAUACUGCCGAUCAGUGCGACAGCGACCCAACUUCGCUUUGGAUUACUGAUCCCAAUAUCGGACUUGCACUCAAGCAAAGCAAUAACAAUGAUACUAGCAAUCAGAAUCCUAGUUCUAGUAGUUUAACAGAUAAUCCGAGUUCUAAUCGUCAUGGAAAUAUUCUGCAGGGACCGAGUUUUUGCUUGAAUUUCUCCAAUAAUGGCUUUGAUGGGAGUAAUAGUGUGAGGAAUGGGAAUUCCCCUUCCCGUUUGCUGCGACCGGAAUCUGGGGAGAUAUUGAAUUUUGGUGAGAGUAAGGGAAUUGGAACCGGUAAUUUGUUUUCAGGAAACUCUACGAAGAAGAGGUCGCCUACACCGAGAGGGAGUGAUGAAGAAGGGAUGUUUUCGUUUACUUCUGGUGUGAUUCUGCCUCCUGAUGAUGUGGUAAAAUCAAGUGGUGGUGUUGGGGAUUCUGAUCACUCUGAUCUCGAAGUUUCAGUCGUGAAAGAAACUGAUUGUAGAAGGGCUAUUGUGGAGCCUGAAAAGAGGCCUCGUAAACGUGGACGAAAACCGGCUAAUGGAAGAGAGGAGCCUUUGAAUCACGUCGAAGCGGAGCGACAACGAAGAGAGAAACUUAACCAGAGGUUUUAUGCUCUGCGUGCAGUGGUUCCAAAUGUAUCGAAGAUGGAUAAAGCAUCGCUCCUUGGUGAUGCUAUUUCAUAUAUUAACGAGCUUAGGAGAAAGCUACACAAUGCGGAUUCACAGAAAGAGGAGUUGCAUAAGCAAUUAGAGGAUGCGAAGAGAGAACUCGCAAGUAAAGAAAAAGGCCACACGAUGUCGAACCACCUCAGCUACAAAUUGGCAGAACUAGAUAUUGAUGUUAAGAUUAUUGGAUUGGAUGCAAUGGUUCGAAUCCAGUCCAAUAAAAAGAACCACCCAGCAGCGAAGUUAAUGUCUGCCUUGGAGGAGCUAGACCUCGAUGUGCAGCAUGCCAGCGUGUCGGUUGUUAAUGAAUUGAUGAUACAGCAAGUGAAUGUCAAGAUGGAGAGCCGGUUUUACACACAGGAGCAGCUCAGGAUAGCUCUAACAUCUAAAGUUGGUGAUGCAAGGUAGAGAGCAUUGAGCAUAGCAUGAUCUGUUUUGAGCAAGUUGGAUAAAUCGGACUCCGAGUUUCAUCUGUAUCGGUAGCACAAGCAGUGCAAAUUAUUGUUCUAUUUUGUUGUUAGUAGUGUUCAGGGUAGUUAAUAGUUGGGGUGAUGCUAGUGAGAAGUAGCCUUUGUUUAUGUGUUGAAUCUUGGUAGUAUAUGUAUAUAUGGCUUGUUUUAAAUUAGAAGGUGAAUGAAGUUCUGGGUUUGUGAGUAA